AUGCCGGGCCUGGUAGCAACUACCGACCAGACUGGACAGAAUGGGCACUCAGAUGACAAGCAGGACACCUGCGAUUGCAUCAUAGUCGGCGCGGGGCCGGCAGGCCUCAGCGCGGCGCUGAUCCUGGGGCGCGCCCGCCGCUCGGUGCUGCUGUUUGAUUCCGGCGAGAAGCGGAAUGAGGCCAGCCUGGUGCAGCACGCAAUCCUGGGAGCAGAUGGAUACGACCGUCUCCGCUUCCUGGAGCGGGCGCGGCGCCAGGUACUGCGGUACCCAACCGUGAAGCUGCACUGCCUGGCUGUGUGCGACAUCGACGUGGGGGUGGUGGAGGCGGAGCAGAAGUGCCCAGAGGGCCAGCCCAACUGCCACGCAGUGCUGCGCGAUGGCCGGCGCAUCACCGAGACAGACCGCUUCACGGUUCACACUGAGGACGGGCGGCAGUGGAGGAGCAAGAAGGUCAUCCUGGCCACAGGCGUGCGGGACCUGAUACCCGACAUUGAGGGCUUUGACACGUACUGGGGCCGCGGCAUCUGGGUCUGCCUGUACUGCGAUGCUUACGAGUACACCGGCCAGCCGCUGGGCGCCUACGGCAACGGCGAGCGCGGUGUGCACAUCGCCUUCGAGAUGCUGCUACGGUCCACGGAUGUCACCCUUUUCACCGACGGCGAGACGCUCAAGGCCACCGACAUGGAGCGCGAGCUGCUGGCCAAGCACGGCAUCGCCGUGAUUGAGACGCCCAUCGCGCUGGCGGUGGGCGACAAGGGCGGCCAGCUCAGCGGCGUCGUCUUGCAGGAUGGCUGCUUCAUACCGAUCAAGGCCCUGUUCUUCAACACCGGGCGCAUGCAGUCGUCCACGCUGCCUGAGAAGAUGGGGCUGCCUGCCGACGACCGCGGCGACAUUGUGUGCGAGGCCAAGGGGAACGUGCUGGCCAUCCACGGCCUGUAUGUGGCGGGCAACUGCGCCACCGCACCGCUGAAGCUGGUCAUGACGGCGGCCUCCCAGGGCGCCAUCACCGGCGCCAAGGUCAACUCAGAGUUACUGUACGAGGAGCUGGGAUUAGGUGAUGACGAGGGCGAGGCGUACAUCUGCAGCCUGGAGGGCUCGCGCACCAGCGCCAACCAGUGCAGGCGGGAGUUUGGGGAGGCGGGCAGGCGCCACCGCUCCCACCCCACUAUCGGCGGGGUCUGGGAGGAGGCGCGGGAGCAGAAGGUGGGCUCCUCAGGGGCGCAGUGA